AUGGAGAACAAAGAUGAUUUUGAUGCAAGUGCAGCCCCUCCAUUUCGUAUUGCUGAUAUCCGUGCUGUAAUCCCAAAGCACUGUUGGAUCAAGAAUCCAUGGAGGUCAAUGAGUUAUGUCUUCAGGGAUGUCAUUGCCGUCUUUGCAUUAUUAGCAGCUGCGGCUUACUUAAACAGCUGGUUCAUUCGGCCUCUCUACUGGGUUGCUCAAGGAAAAAUGUUUUGGGCUCUGUUUGUCCUCGGACACGAUUGUGGCCAUGAAAGCUUUUCUCAUGAUCCCAUUCUAAAUGAUGUGGUGGGACAUAUCUUACAUUCGACAAUCCUCGUUCGUUACCAUGGAUGGAGAAUAAGUCAUAAAACUCAUCAUCAAAACCAUGGAAAUGUCGAGAAGGACGAGUCUUGGGUUCCGAUGCCUGAGAAGCUUUACAAGAGUUUGAGCAUUGAAACAAGACUUAUGAGAUUCACUAUCCCCUUUCCCCUAUUUGCAUACCCUACGUGUUUGUGGCAUAGAAGUCCAGGGAAGACAGGAUCUCACUUCAACCCAUCCAGCACACUGUUUUCUCCCCAAGACAGGAAACAUGUAACCACUUCAACAGCCUGUUGGAUUGCAAUGGUCGGUUUCCUUGUCUAUUUCUCAUUUGUGUUUGGUUCAUCCCUGACAUUCAAGCUCUACGGUGUUCCCUACUUGAUUUUUGUGGCAUGGCUGGAUGUUGUCACUUACCUUCAUCACCAUGGAUAUGAGCGGAAACUUCCUUGGUAACGUGGCAAGGUAAUUAAUGUUUCCU